AUGGCAACAGUCGUGUCACCGCCGUCUCGAACGACAGUUCUAUCCCUUUUCCGGUCAUUUCUGCGAUCAGCCCGUCAGUUCCCUGACUACAACAUCAAGGAGUACACCAAGCGCCGUACCAUCGACGCUUUUCACAGCAACAAAACUCUGUCUAACCCUUCCUCGGUCGCUGCUGCUUUCGCUGACGGAAAUUAUCAGCUACAGGUCGUAGUUUUGUAUCUAGAUGUGCGCUAUCUUCUUCUUGUACUUCACCUCCAAAGAACCACCACCACCCGCUUCGUCUAUAAUUUUCUGACAAGAUGGUGGAUUCGGACGGUGGAAGGUGGGUCGUUCACUUUGCUUUGA